AUGUGCAAUGCCCGCUCUUUGCUGAACAAACUAGAUGAGUUUGAACUCACAUUGCAACAGUACAAGGUUGACAUCGCCAUUGUGACGGAGACCUGGUUUUCCACAGCAAUGCCCAGCGAAUUCCUGAAUGUUGAUAACUACACCCUGUUUGCUACAAGCAGAACGGACCGACGAGGGGGAGGUGUUGCUAUCUACACUCACGAGAACAUCCAGGCGAGGCCAAUCUCUCACGUUCAGGUACCCCCAGAACUUGAGUGCGUGUGGGUUUGGGUCCGUCCCAAGCGACUCCCACGGGAGGUGCCAUCUAUUGCACUGUGCGCUACCUAUAGCCCGCCCAACUCGAAACACCAAGAACUCCUCAUCGACCAUCUUGUCAACACAGCCGACCUUCUGAAAACGUUCAACCCAGACGUAGGACUGAUACUGGCUGGCGACUACAACCGUCUGGACUACAAGCCCCUUGUCUUGUCACACCGACUAGAACAGGUGGUUCCUGCCCCUACGCGUGGGGAUGCCACGCUGGACGUCAUUGUCACCAACCUCAAGUCCUUUUACCUUACCCCAGAGGUCAUGAACCCAUUAGGAACUAGUGACCACAAAGCUGCCUGGUGGCAGUCAAGAGUCCGGACACAGAGACCAAACCAGACUAAGCAUGUCGUCGUCCGUCCCCUACCAGACUCCAGAAUACGGGCCUUUGGCCAAUGGAUAACAUCGCACACUUGGGACGAAGUACUGCAAAGUGACACUGUGGAAGAAAAAACUGCUGCAUUCUACCGCACCCUGAACUCUGCCAUAGAAAACUACUUCCCGCUAAGGAAGUGCUCUCUACACCACAGGGAUAAACCCUGGAUAACGGCCUUACUGAAAGACCUCAUCCACAGAAGACAGCAGGCACACAGUAAAGGCCACAUGGUACUUUACCGUUUCCUGGGGAACAAGGUCGACCGCGAAUGUAAAAGAGUCAAGAAAGAGUUCUACAGUGACCAGGUGGCUAGACUGAAGAGAUCUGACCCGUCUGAGUGGCACAAGCAGGUACGGCGGCUAGCGAACCUUUCCAAGCCUACCUCCACAAUCCACGUGCCAGGGGUGGACCCGUCAGACACGAGCACCUGCGCUGGAGCCAUCAACACCCAUCUAGCUACCAUUUGUAAGGCUCUACCUCCACUCGACAUGGACAUGCUGCCAGCUUUCUUACCGGCCACUCCACCGCCACAGGUUGAUCCAUGGCAGAUGUACCAGCGCCUCAAAAGGGUUAAAGUGAACAAGGCCCCAGGCCCUGAUGCCAUCCCGCCCACACUCAUCAGAGAGUUUGCCUGUGAACUAGCCACUCCACUCACAGACAUUACAAAUGCAUCACUACAACAGGGCAGAGUGCCACCGGAGUGGCGGGACGCGAUCGUCAUCCCCGUCCCGAAAGAACAACCAGCUGACUUAGACAAGAUUAGGCCGGUGUCACUGACGUCCCAGUUCGCUAAAGUGGUGGAGGGCUUUGUCCUCUCGUGGCUACUGCGGGACAUCUUACCAAUGGUGGACACAAGACAGUUUGGAAAUCUCAGAGGCAUCUCCACAACCCACUGCCUUAUAGAGAUCCUGGACUUUUUCUAUAAGAGCUCAGAAAGGAAGCAAUCUGUCAGUAGCCUGGUACUGACAGAUUUUAGCAAGGCCUUCGACAGGAACGACUUAGACAGUUUAGACGACUGGUCGGUCAGGAACCACAUGCUGCUGAACCCCAGAAAGUGCAAAGUGUUACAUAUCUCCUUCAUGCAGCGUCCGCCUCCUGUUCCAGCACUCACACUGGGCGGUCAAGUCCUUACAGUAGUAACACAGGCACGACUACUGGGUCUCCAGAUCCAGUCGGACCUCGGGUGGGACGCACAGGUGGACAGCAUG